UUUGGACACUUCCCUGGCUCAAAUACGACGCUGAAAAUGUCUCCAAACAUGACUUGUGAAGCUCUCCAGUCUUUUUCUCCAAGGCUAACUGUGGCCAAAAGAAAACAGGCCCUUGAGCUCAGAAAGACUAUGAAACCUUUGAUGGAAAAAAGAAGGCGCGCCCGUAUCAACGACAGCCUGAACCACUUGAAAAACCUCAUCCUUCCCCUCACAGGCAGAGAUAAAACUCGCUACUCCAAGCUUGAGAAAGCCGACAUCCUGGAAAUGACUGUGAGGUUCCUUAGCGACAUUCCCCCUGUUAACACCAAAGAUUCUGCCGACAGUUACAGAGAAGGCUACAAAGCCUGCCUCCAGCGCGUCUCCGCUCUGCUUCCUAAAAUGAGUGUGGAUCAAGACGCGUGCCAGAGGGUGAACGACUUCGUUCAGCAGUCCAUGUCCGCCACCGUCACUCCAACCUGCCUGAACUGCUGCGCUCAGAGCUCCAGGACUUUCCCUCAAAUCCAACAAAGACUCUUGAGCCUCAAAUCCAGCUUCAACUUCAGACCGGAGAGCCAGUCCCGCAGCAGCAGCGGCGCAGUGGCUCCCGGUCCAGCACAGCCAGGCCCACAGGCUGUCAGCGCUGCCAUGUGGAGACCUUGGUAGACAUCUCGUAACCUCCCAAAACCCCGCGAAAAAUGAAAUGUAAAAUGUGUAAAAUAUUUGAGAUGUGGGCAGCGUGUUGAGAUAGCAUCACUUGUAAAUAUACACAGUGAUUUUAGGGUCUCGUUUCCGUUGAUGAAAAGCCUGAAUUCAUCGUUAAAUCUUAUCGGUUGAGUAUUAUAUACUUACGUUUUGCGCACGAGUCUUUUGUCCUGUAUGAGUUGACAAGUUUAGACAGUCGUAUUUUUUUAAAUCUGCAUGUAUGUAUACGUUAAAAUUUAGUCAUCUUUGCGGACUAAGUUAUUAAGGGCUAUUGAAACAGCCCUGUAAGACCCAAAGGGUCAGUGUAUGUAUGAAUUUGCACGUCAGUGUCCUGAGUCUGUGCAGAUGAAGUUUGUAGACAUAUUAUAUGUCACUGUUAAGUAUCUCUGUUGGGAUGUGUUUUUAUUUUUGCUAUC